AUGUCGAUGCAGGAGCAGAAUGAUGCAACCCUCGAGCUGCUCCCGGGCGCGACAGGACCGCAGGGUCCUGCCGCCCCGCGCCUCGCGGGUCGCUACGCGCUCGCGGCGUUCGCGGUGGUGGCCGCGUCAGCGCUGACUGUGGUCGCGUUCUUCGCGGCCGGGCCGCUCUCUGCGCCGUCUUUGCCCUGGUUUGUCGGCUUCCAGCACUCUGACGGUGAGCAGGUUUGCGAGGGUCAUGGCUUCAGCGAGGGUCAGUGCCUCCGGAAGGGUUGCUGCCAUUACGACAACAAUUUCUGUUGGUCUAGUGUGGGGAAUGGGUCUUGCACGGGCCCAACAACCUCGGGCAUACCUGAUGGUAAGAAGAGUGGGGAAGAUGUUUGCCAAAACCAGGGCCUCGGCAAGAAAGAAUGCUUGGCGAUAUCUUGCUGUCACUGGGACGACGGCGAAUGUUGGUCGGGCGUCGGCUCUGGUAUUUGCGAUGACGAGGGGGAUGACCCGGACGUGGUCGAGUGCGAUGACGGGGAAAAUGAUGCGGGUGACAUCACCGUGACCGCGCUUCCUGAUGUUCUCGCCAAUGGUCCUUACAAAUACGGGAGGUAUUUUGUCAAAUACGUCAGUGUGUUCGGUGUGCCCAUCAUGGCGGACGAGGAUGUGCCGGAUUGGAAGGUGGAGCAUGCAGGAGAUGUUCUGGCACAUUAUCUAGAUUAUGAUGGAGAUGGCAAGGCGAACAACGGAGAGGUCUUGGAUUCGAUUCAUCAUGGGGGUAAGCUGGUCAUGUUCAAAAGUGGGAAUUCGGAGAACUAUCGCAGGUUCAGGAGUGAGCACGGUUACGGGGCCCAGGACAUCAACGACAAUGACAUCCCCAGUUGGGUGGAGGAAUACAGCGGCCGCCGCUUGAGGCGUGUGAAUGGCUCCCGCACCGUCUCGAUGCCCCAUUGGGUCCUCUUCCAUGAAAGAAUUCUUCAGUCAGGACCCAGAGACGGUUGUCUCGAGGAGAUCUUACACAUGAUCUACCAUUGGGGAUAUGCCAGGGUCUACUACGAUGCGCUCGGGGAAGAGGACUCCAAGCUUGCCCAAGCCAUGGAGAAGCAGAUUGGGGACUGCGGCCAUGCCUACGAUGGCACAUCCAAAUAUCCUAAUUGCACUUUUAAUUUUUAUCGCACGGAUAAAACUUGCAAUGCCGGCUGCAAUGCCGCUGAGUAUCAGUGGGUGACGUUGGUAUCAUUACUCGGAGGUCUCGACGGCACGGUGGAGUCCGCAACCGGCGGCAGCGGGGGGUGGUGUCCGACCUGGGAGUGGAAACUCUGCAGCAAGAAAGACAUCAUGGACAAAGACCCGGACAUUUACCAUCUCUAUGACUUGGACGGCGCCAACCCGUACAAGUUGCCAGACAAGUUGCCGAGUGGCAGGUACCGCCCCCACCCGAAGCCGAAGGUACGUGACAUGGAGCUCAACCACUUGUGGUACUGGCCGCACUCGUGCGGCAGUGUGACGUGCCCCAAGAAGACGUGCGCCAGGCUGUGA